GGUGCGACGGCCAACAGCGAACAGCCUGGUCUUCCAUUGCUUCAACAAAAGGGAUUCCUUGUCCUCAAGGAGCAAGCCGCCCAACACAACGACCACCAUUGUGUCGGCCUCUUCCGUACGGCCCCGAAAAAAUUCGAAGAGAUACAGAGGACGAUGCAUAGUUUCUAGAUACCAAAAACACUAUUUUUCAACACCCAUCGACCAGCCCAUUUCGACCCGCGCAUGGUGUCAAGCUUCUGAACUGAACGAACCCCUGCGCCGGACAUCACCAUGUUCCAGCGACUCAAAGCCUCGAUCGACCGCACGAUCGCCGAAGAGCAAGCUCGCCAAAAGCCCGACCAGCCCCUGGUCCAGCGCACCCCCUCCACCUCCCGCGGCGGCGGCUCCACGUCGAAGCAGCGCAACCGGUCUCAGAAGCCCGUCCCCGACCUGCCCGCUGACGCCCCCGCGAACCCAGACCCGGCCGUCUUCGAAGCCGCUUUUAUCCUCGACGACGGCGAGGAGGCCAGCCGCGCAUCGACGCCCAAACCGCCCGGCAUGACGGCCGACGAAAAGACAGAAGGCGUCGAAGAGCUCGGUGCCGCGCAGCAGCAGUCCAACGGGGACAAGGAGAAUGACAGGUCUGAUGGCGCGGGCCAGGCCGAUGCGCCGCAUGAGCUGAGCCCGGAGAUCCGUAGCAAGCUGCGCAAACUGGAGAAGCUCGAGAAGACCUAUCCUGAGCUUCUGCGGUCGUACAGAAUCGCCCACAGCCGCGCCACUUCGAUCGAACCUUUCGAGCGAGCUCUGAAGGAACAUACGAGCGUCACGUCGAUUAAGGAGCCUGAAGCUCUUGUUGAAUACCUCGACUCCCUGAAGCAGAAGGAGCAGCUCAUCAUGGAAGAGUACAAAAAGGUCUCGAUUGAGAAGGACGAGAUGAAGAAGAAACAUCAGGCGACCGAGAGGGAGCUGGCCGAGCUGAAAGACGAGGUCGCCACUCUCAAGGCCAACAGUCACGCCACAGACGGCCCAGUCAAACCCGAGACUGAAAGCAAGGAGCCCGACGCCGCAUCCGACCCGACGAGCAAUCCAUCGUCAGUCAAGUCCCCCGUGCAGUCCGUCCUCGGCAUCUUCUCCCCCAAGCAGAAGCCCCAGGCUCUCGAAGAUGACAAGCCCGCCGCAACUGAUGGGGGAGACUUCUUUUCCUACGACGACGAGGUUCCUCAGAUGCAAGCCGACGUCAACGCCAAGACCGAAGAGAUCGAGAGGCUCAAUGCUGAGGUGGCCUUGCUGAAGCAGGAGCUCGCUGUUGCCAAGGAGUCCAGCUCGGAGCUCGUUCAAAACCUCGAAAAGUCCACCCGUGAAGCCGGCGAGCUCCGCGACUCAGCCGCUAGAGACCAAGACCAGCCUGUCGAAGAGCUUGACUCACUGCGUGCAUCCUCCAAGGAGUCACAGACAAAGCACCGAAGCUAUCAAACGUGCCGACAAGGAGCAUGCCGAGCUGAAAAGCUUGCCAAGGCCGCACAAGUAACCGCGAAAGCGCCGGCCCCUGCUACGCCUGCUGCUCCUGCCGCUCCAACAGCCGUGCCGGCUGCCGCGCCUACGACCGCCUCCGCAGCGUCAAAGAAGAAGAACAAGAAGAAGAAGAAGGGUGGUGCAGCAGCAGGCUCGGCAGUAGUCGAAUCUACGAGCGAGCCUGUCACCGAAACCACAGAAACCACUGCAGCUGUCCCGGCUGCGGCCGAGGACCCAAGCACCAGUUCUGCCGAGUUGGAGGCGGAGAUUGCACGUCUCAAGGACGAGGUCACGCAGCGUGACGCACAGAUCGAGCGUCUCUCGAAGCAGCGCAAGACGGAGGAGGAUCUCACCGAAGAGAUUGAGACGCUCCGAGACGAGUUAACUGACAUCGGACAAGGUCACGUCGAGUCUAAGCAGAGGAUCAAGGAGCUCGAGGAGGAGAAGGCCACACUCCAGGCCAGAAUCGAGGAGCUCGAAAGGGAGAUUGGAUCAGCGACGCACGAUGCCGAGGCCCAGGUCAAGCUGCAGAGCGAGUUUGAUGGUCUGCGCAAGGAGUACGACGACCUCAAGAUCAAAUCAACAACUCUGCAGUCAGAUCUGAGCGCCGCGGAGCAGCUUGCACAGACCCGCUACAAAGACCUGACAGACCUGCGUGAGGUGUUGCAAAAGGCUCAGCCGGAGAUGAAGGCUCUUCGACAGGACUCGGCUGCUCUCAAGACGACCAAGGAAGAGCUGGCGACUAAGAUAAGCGAGCUCCGCAACGUUGAGAAGCGAGAGAAGGAUGCCAAGACCGAACUGGCCAAGGCACAGCGGUUGACAACAGAGCGUGAAUCAGACAUCAAGUCACUGCGGGAGAAGCUCAAUGCAGAAUCAAACAGUCGAGUUCGUCUCGAGGAUGCACAGCGUGUGGCCGGGCGAGACCUACGUCGAUCUGAGGCCGAGAAGGUAGAGAUCAGUGCCCGAGAGGAAAAAGCGACUCGCGAGCUACAGGAAAUAAAGGCCGAGGCCAACAAGUUGAGGCCGCUUGUGAAGGAGCUUGAGGAAGAGGUCGAGAAGCUGCAGUCAGAGAAGAAGUCGCUACAGAAUGAAGCAGCCCUCAAGACACAGCAAUACACCAACGCACAGAGCCUCCUGGGCAGCAUGCGCGACCAGACGGCCGAGUUAUCGACCCAGCUCAAGGAGUCACGGUCGCAGUCGGAAGCGUUGGAGGAAGAGCUAGCCGAGAUUCAGAAGCACCUAUCCGAACGCUCUCGCGAAGCGGAGCGCAUGCGCGGCAUGCUGGCCGACGUGGACGGGCGCGCAGACAGCAAAGUGCGCGAGAUGCGAUCGCGCAUGGAGGCGGCCAUUGAAGAGCGGGACAGGAUCGAAGACGAGUCGAGCACACUGGCGCGUCGUAAGUCACGCGAGACGGAGGAGCAAAAGCAGAAGAUCCGCGAACUAGAGCGCGAGGUCAAGAGUCUGGCCAUCGAAAAGGACGAACUGGAAACGAGGGAACGCGACUGGAGGCGACGACGCGAAGAGCUUGAAGGCGUCGAGGAGAAGACUGAGGCAGAGCUCACAGAGAUGCGGUCGGCCGUUUCAGAUCUACAAUCAGCUCUAGACGCAUCAGAGCAGCAGGUGCGGGAAGCGGAGAAGCAGAAGACGGACCUCCGAAGGCUGUUGGAGGAGUCAAGGCAGCGUUUCGAAAAGGUGUCCAAGGACCUCAAGACGGCACAGACUAAACUCGGGUCCAGUCUCAGCUCGGAGCGCAGCUCGAUGGAUUCGUCACGGUCAGGGACCAAUGGAGCUGUGGGGCCUGGCGGCGCCGACAACAUGUACCUGAAGACGAUUCUGCUGCAGUUUUUGGAGCAAAAGGACAACAGGUUGCGAGAACAGCUGGUGCCGGUCCUGGGGAGGAUUCUGCAAUUCAACAAGACGGACGAAAAGAAGUGGCGCGAUGCUAUUCAGCACAUCAACGUGCGGUGA